AUGCCUCGUCAGAUUACCAACUUUUCUGGCGCGUGCGCCCGUUGUCGUGCGAAGAAGCUGAAGUGCGAUAAAGAUGCUCGAGUCUGCUCCAACUGUAACCGCGCAAAGACUCCCUGCAUCGAGAUUGAUCCGGUCUCUGGGGAGCACUACGAGAGAGGAUACAUUGAAGACUUGAAGGCGCGAGCAGCCUAUCUUCGAGCCGCCUAUCUUGAAGCCCAAGGCAACAGACCAUAUGCACAGGCGGUUCGGACCAAUGACUCGACUCCUCUUGAGCUUCAAGGGCACGGCAUCUCGCCAAAUGUGAGAUCUAUCGCCGGGUCCUCAUCCAAGGCUACAGGGACUCCCAAAUUCACCGACGGCAGUAUAUUUAGUCUUGGACACCUAGUAGCAGCAGCGCUGUCCAUGCACUUUUCCCAGGGAACGGGAUUUCAAGCAGGAUCGCUACUACAGCCCCAGACUGAUGGUAUUGAAAUCUCGUUGAGUGACGAGGACAACCUACCGCCUCUAUCGGAGGCCUGUGACCUGACUGAUGCCUAUUUUGAGAUUGGCUUUCACAGGGUCUCUCCUUUUAUGAGUAAAAGUCGAGCAUAUGAGCAGAUUGAACGUCUGCGACCAUCAUCAAGUAAAUCUCCAAUCCAUUAUUAUGCCUCCGCCAUGCAAUAUGCCGAAGAAGUCUUGUCACUCACGGAUGGCGAGACGCAAAUACAAAACACAUUGUUGCUCCUUGUUUUUGCUCACCAGCACGCUACUGGAAUUGGCAGCAGAUGGAAACUGGCGAGACAGGCCAUGAGGACGUGUAUUCAGCUCGGAUACCAUAGAGCUCCCUCCAAGCCUCUUGAUGCAGUGACUGAACAAAGACGCAGACGGCUUUUUUGGUGCUGCUACGUCCAAGAGCGAUUUGCUGCAUGCGGUUUAGGACGGCCUAUAGCAAUUGCUGAUCAUGAUAUUACCGUUCAGGUGGAUGACCUGGAAAAGGGGCUUGACACAAGUAUACCGAAUGGCUCUGAGGUUGCUGUACUCAUCCGACAAUCUCAGCUGCGAAGAAUCUCGACAAAAGUCCGCGAACAGCUCUAUGCAAGACGUACAAACGACAGCUUCCAAGCCAAGGCAGAAGCCGCUACUCUACUCUAUGCGGAGCUCGAACAGUGGCGCCUCUUACACGAAGAAACAAGCACCAUCUCUCAUUCCCCAUGUAUCUUUCUGACAAAAGAGUAUAUGGAAGUCAACUUUCAUCGAGAGAAGCUCUUUAUUUUCUCUACAUUAGUCGUUCCUACGGGGCAGGAGGCUCACUUGUUUAAGCCUGACGUGACAUAUCUCAGGCAUUGCUUAGACCCAGCCGUUCAAAUCAUUUUCCUUUACCAAACUCUGUUGGCUAAGGGUGUCAAGACGACAUUAUGGACGUGGAUACAAGAUAUACUACGCUCCGGGUUCAUGAUUCUAUACUGUGGAAUCCACACAUCAAACAUUCUCAGCAGCCAAAACGAAACCGCUGCUUCCUCUAUAGCUACAAACCAGAUCCCGGAACCUCAGUCAAUCAUCAAAGCCCUCGACGACUGUCGGCAGAUGCUAAAAGAUAUUUCUCUAAAGUUCACAGCGGUGACUCCACACUGGGUGGCUUUUGACCGGCUAUCCUGUGACGUGAGAAAAUUAAUUGAGAAUAGCUCAUCCCCGGGAGCGAUUCUGGGUGGACAGGGCGGGGGGAGCAAUGAUAUGUCUGUAAACCAGACGAUGAACCAGGGACUUUGGGAUGUGCCGAUGGAUAUGUCGUACUGGGAUGACCUGUUGGAUGGCGAUGUAAAUAUGAACGAGGUGUUUGGGUUUGACAUGAAUACUUUUGCAUGA